UGGCUCGGCCGCCCCUGCCCAUUGUGUGGCCGGCUGCUUCCCCGGCGGGCUCGCUGAUUGGCCGCGUCGCCCGUCGCUGGCCCCCGAGCGCCCCCCUGCGGCGCCCCAGCGGGUCCCCCGCGCAGAGCUGGAGGCGGCGGCGGCGGCGGCGGCGGCGGGGAGAGCAGGAGCCCGGCCUGGCGCCGCUCACGCCCUUUUGCAUGGGGGAAGCGCCCGCGCCCCUCCGCCCCGGCCCGGCACCAUGAUGAAGUUUCGCUUCCGCCGCCAGGGCCACGACCCCCAGCGGGAGAAGAUCAAGCAGGACCUCUUCGCCUUCAACAAGACUGUGGAACAUGGCUUCCCGAAUCAGCCGAGUUCUUUGGCCUUUGACCCCAAGCUACGCAUUAUGGCCAUUGGCACCAAAUCCGGAGCGGUGAAAAUAUACGGUGCCCCUGGGGUUGAGUUCACCGGCUUGCACAGGGACACGGCCACCGUCACCCAGAUACACUUUCUACCUGGGCAGGGCCGGCUGCUCUCGCUGCUGGAUGAUAACACCCUCCACUUGUGGGAGAUCUAUCAGAAAGAUGGCUACUCCCACUUGGAAGAGACCCGCAGCUUCAUCCUCCCCGGACGUCCAGGGUUUGACAGCACUAACUCCCCUCCCAGCAUUACCCGGGUAACGGUGAUCCUUCUGCUGUCUACCUGUGACGUUGCGUGCCUCGGGACGGAAGGGGGCGGCGUCUACUUCCUGGAGCUCCCUGGAUUGACGCACCUCGAGGACAAAUCUCUGUACCAAGAUGAGAUCCUGCAGAGUGUGCCGGAGGACUACAAAUGUGGGAAGGCUUUGGGCCCGGUGGAGUCGCUGCAGGAACACCCGCAAGACCCAGCUAAAAUCCUGAUCGGCUUUAGUAGGGGAUUGAUGGUCCUGUGGAAUAAAAAUGCCAGAGAAGUGGAGCACCUUUUCUUGGGCAACCAGCAACUGGAAAGCGUUAGCUGGGAGCGGAGCGGCCGGACGGUUGUGAGUUCUCACAGUGACGGCGGUUAUGCAGUCUGGUCCGUGACCGAGGGCUCACCUAAGACCAUCCAACCGGUCACGUCCACUGUCCCUUACGGGCCUUUCCCCUGCAAAGCUAUCAACAAGAUCGUAUGGCAAACAUGCGAGUCUGGGGGUCACUUCAUCAUAUUCAGUGGUGGGAUGCCCCGGGCCAGUUACGGGGACCGGCACUGCGUGACUAUCCUGCACGGACAGACGCUAGUCACCCUGGACUUCACUUCGCGCGUGAUCGACUUCUUCACGGUAUACAACACAGAGGUAGAGGACGAGUUCGACAACCCGACCGCCUUGGUGGCUCUGGUGGAGGAGGAGUUGGUCGUCAUCGACCUGCAGACGCCGGGCUGGCCCACGAUCCCGGCCCCCUACCUGGCCCCGCUCCAUUCCUCUGCCAUCACCUGCUCGUACCACAUCUCCAACGUCCCCCUCAAGCUGUGGGAGAGAAUUAUCAGCGCAGGAGAACAGCAGAGCCCCCGGGUGUCCUCAGGGAACUGGCCCAUCAGUGGAGGAAGAAAUUUGGCCCAGACGCCCACACAAAGAGGACUUCUCUUGACUGGCCAUGAGGAUGGGACGGUGCGCUUCUGGGAUGCCUCGGGGGUAUCCCUGAAGCCCCUGUACAAGCUGGGCACGGCCCACAUUUUCCAGACCGACUGUGAACACGACAGUUUGAACCAGUCCGGUGACGAGGAAUGGCCCCCGUUCCGGAAGGUUGGGUGCUUCGACCCCUACAGCGACGACCCCCGGCUGGGAAUCCAGAAGAUCGCUCUCUGCAAAUACACUGCGAAGAUGGUGGUGGCUGGAACGGCCGGGCAGGUGCUGGUCAUGGAACUGAACGACGAGAAGUCGGAGCACACGAUCAACGUCGCCGUGAUGGACCUCCUUCAGGACCGGGAGGGCUUUACCUGGAAGGGCCACGACCGGCUCACUCCCAAGAACGGCUCCCUUUCCUUCGCCCAGGGCUUCCAGCCCACGGCUCUGGUGCAGUGCAUGCCCCCGGGAGCCGUCACGGCCACCACCUUGCACUCGGAAUGGAACCUGGUUGCUUUCGGGACGAGUCACGGCUUCGGGCUGUACGAUUACUACCGGCGGAACCCCAUACUGGCCAGGUGCACGUUACACCCCAACGACUCCCUCGCUAUGGAGGGCCCGCUUUCCCGGGUGAAGUCGCUGAAGAAAUCGCUGCGCCAGUCCUUCCGCCGGAUCCGCAAGAGCAGGGUGUCCGGAAAGAAGAGGGUUAACGCCACCAGCCCUUCUAGCAAGGUUCAAGAGGCUAAUGCCCAGCUUGCUGAACAAGCUGGCCCUCACGAGGUGGAGAUGACUCCCGUGCAGCGGCGGAUCGAGCCCCGGUCAGCUGACGACUCUCUGUCAGGUGUCGUCCGCUGCCUCUGCUUCGCCGAUACCUUCCUUCGAGAUGCUGCACACCACGGGCCCACCAUGUGGGCCGGAACCAACUCCGGGUCAGUGUUCGCCUACGCCCUGGAGGUCCCGUCCCAGGAGAAAUUUUCGGAGCGUUCCGUCGAGGCCGUCUUGGGCAAGGAGAUCCAGCUGAUGCACAGGGCCCCCGUCGUGUCGGUCGCUGUGCUGGACGGGCGGGGGAACCCUCUGCCAGAACCGUACGAGGUGUCUCGCGACCUGGCUAAAGCUCCCGACAUGCAGGGCAGUCAUUCGGUACUCAUUGCAUCCGAGGAACAGUUCAAGGUGUUCACGCUCCCCAGAGUCAACGCCAAAACCAAGUUCAAACUCACAGCCCACGAGGGCUGCCGGGUGCGGAAGGUGGCACUGGUGAACUUCGCAAGUGUGGCGUGUGAGGAUUAUGCCGAGAACUGCCUGGCGUGCCUCACCAACUUGGGGGACAUCCAUGUCUUCACGGUGCCCGGGCUGCGGCCGCAGGUCCACUACGAUUGCGUCCGGAAAGAGGACAUCAGUGGCAUAGCUUCCUGCGUGUUCACCAAGCACGGGCAAGGCUUCUAUCUGAUCUCUCCUUCGGAGUUUGAGCGUUUCUCCCUGAGCACCCGAAACAUCACGGAACCGCUGUGCGUGCUGGAUUUGAAUCGUGCCCACGACACCACGUGCCUAGGGAACUGUAAUUUCACCGCAAUGCCAAAACAAAGCCAAGCCAACGGGACGCAUGUCCUACAAGGGUCAGAAGCGAAUCAUUCGCCUGCGAGCACCGACCGGACCCCUGAUGAGCACCAAGCCUCUUUCUCCCCGACCCCUGUGGACUCUCCAAAUAACAGCAUCGACACCCCCUUGGAUACCACCGGAGAAAUCACGGCAGAGGAAGUGAAGGAUUACUUGGGACCCCCGGAGGAAGUGGAGAAAAAUCUGAGGAACAUGACAGAGGACGAGGCCCGAUCCUUGGGGAUUCUGAUUAAAUGAGGGACGGUGUACAGGGACGGUGUGUGGAUCCCCGCCCCCCCCCCCCCCCCCGGAUCACAGACAUAAGACUGGAGCUGUUCAGAUUUUGGGUUGUCAGCCGAACUCUUCACCCCCUCCUGAUCCCCUUCUCCACAACAUUUUUGGGUUUUUUCGCAAAGACUCGUCAUGGUUUUUUGUCGCCAUUUUUUUCCGGAUGUCCGGACUGAAAACUGACAUUGGAAUUUUUUUCCUCGCUCCUUCUCAUCUUUUGAAGAAGAAAAGGUGUGCCAUCGUCUGCGGGACCAAGUUUUUUUUCUCUCUCUCUCCUCUACCGUUACGCAAACACUACAAUUCUUAAAUUUUUUUACAAAGCGAAAAACUGACGCAUGGGCGCGCAAGAGAGGGGAUUACGAGAAGCAUCAAAACCCCGCAGAUCCGCCGUCGGCUUCUCACCAAAGCAUCAGCAUCAAACUUUGGGUGGCUCGGGGAGAGAAAAGGCCUUUAAAAAAAAAAAAAAGCCAACCGUUGAUGGUUUUCUUUUUUCGCUGCCUGGUACGCCGGACAAUUUCCCGAUGCCUCCAGGGCCCGGCCGGCGGACAUUCGUUGCACUGGCUGAUCCCAUUGCUUGUGGGGGAAUGUUUACAUAACUUGCAAUUUUUCUUGCCUGUUUCUAACUGCUUAAAUCUGCAUCCCUUCCUCCGACGCCCGGCUCCUUUUCUAACUCGGCUGGCUGAGAAAACCAACAUUUGCGUUAAGUACCCCGGGCCUUUCCGCUGACAUGCAACUAGCGGGGGAACUCCUCGCUCGAGACCUGACUUGAAGACAAAUGCCUGUCUGACAUUUUUUUUCCCCCUUGGAGAGAACAGUGGUUUUCAUUUUGCGUGCCUGUGUCUGUGUUUGCGUGUGUGUGUCUGAAGUGAUACAGCUGGCCAAGAAGUGACAAAUUUGCAGCCCUCAAUUACACCGUGUCCAAUUCCUCUCUCUCUGGGGAAAAAACCCACCGCCCGGGUCCCUUAACGCCAAGUGAGGAAAUUCUCCCUGAAUUCUCAGUUGCCUUUCUUGUUCACAUCCAUCAAUUUUUAAGGCGGAAGAAACUGUGGAGUGGGCACAUUCUCACACCUGGCACCGGAAAACGGCCAUUUCCCAAGCUUUGGGGUAAAACUCAGAAUCAUUCUUGGACAGUUUGGGGGCUUACUGGAGUCUCCUUGGCAAUUCCACACUGGCAGAGGGUUUCAUAUUCUGCCGUCUCUACAAGAGGGUGGUGAUUUAUGUAUAGUUUUCUUGAACUGCGUCCCUUUUUGGCAGGGAAAGAAUUCCACCUGGAACUGCGAAGCAGCGUUUGCAACCUAUCUUGGCGUAUUCUGUUGCCCGCUUGUAUCUCUGGCUCUGGGGGUUGGAGAUGAAAGUGGCAUGAAGAGCAUAGCUUGCAUCUCUGUCUUUUUGGGGUCUUGGUGUUGGAAAAGUCUCUGGUGGGAAAAGCUGGCAUCUCGCUUGAAAAAGUGUAGUGGGAACCUAGCUGCGAGUCCUCCCAGAACGGUUUGGACUGCAAGCUGUCUUCCUGUUUUUUAGAAGUAUCAACCUGCCCGCCGAUGCCAUGAUCCAAAAACUUCCCACCGAAUCAGCUGCGCAGUUUGAGGGACAGGUGGACAGAUCUCACCAACCCAUGAUUACCCCGGUUCUGGAUUUAAGAACUCGAAUGCGAGCAAUAAGGUCUGUUUGGGGUCUUUUGAACACCUUUUGUGGUUCGUUGUGCUCGUGGUUUCUCUUAAAUCCGUGCACGCUCACCUCUCCCUGCAGAACAUGCCGCACCUGCUCACUUCCCCGUCUUCCCUCCCCGUGACCCCAGUCUAGAUAUACAUCAACAACUUUUCAGGGUUGCUUUGGCGAACUUGACAUACCUGAUCGAAAACUCCAAACUGCUCCCAGGAAAAGAACUAGGAUUCAUCCUCCAAAUCAGCUCCCAAGUCCCAACUAAUUUGGGAGGUGAAGAUGGGACGGGUGUUUUAAAUCUGGGCCUUCCUUCUGUUGAAAAUGGAUUUUUUUUCUCCCCUGGAAAUGUUCUUUGUGACUCACUCGGCCACUUCUGGAAAGGGACCGUUGACUGAUAAUUGCACAUUUUUAAAGACCGUGUGGUGAGUCGCAUUCUCUGCCUGGAAGGACAGUACUCUAACAAGAGCAUCACGUAUUCCUUCCCUAAGUGAUCCACGUGCUCAUGGUGCGUUCUGCCAGUAGCAUCUUUGCCCACGGUCUGUCCAGGAAGGGCUUGAUCCUUUUUGCCCUCCUCUUAAAUACCCAAUCACCACCUUCCCCUGGUACCAUUUGCGCCCCAAAAAUAAAUCCAAAACAGCCUCUUGGGACUCACAUGGCUGCUAGAAUUGGCGCUGUUGUUUAUGGCACCCAGGUUUGGCACCCUGUAGCUGAGAUUUUUUUGGGCCCAGACUGUUUUGGGUUGCUCCUUGAGAGUUAAUGGAAGGAGGGCACAAAUACUUCUUUUUUGGGGAGGGGGGGGUGAGUUAGCAGUUACAGACACUUCACAAGAAUUCCUUACAAGAGUAUCUCGGUACGACUUGAUUUCCUACUCUGCGUGCGUGUGUGCGUGUGGGAAUGAAUGACGGGAGAAUCCCAUAGUUCAAAUGUGCCAUUCUGUGUCUUAUUUUUUUUUCUUUUCGGCCAGACUUAAUUGGAAAGGGAGGGAAAGUCCCCUGUUAGAAAGCCCCCUCUGGGAUUUUUGUUUGUCCAGGUCAUUAUGAAUUUAGCACUGUUUAGUUAUUAAUACCGGUUUUUAAUAAUGGAAAAAUAAAAGCAUUUAAUAUCUAA